UAUAACAAACUAAUCCUAAACUCUUUACAUUAAUAACAACUUUAAAAAGAAGAAGUUAAUUCUUUCCUGAUAUCUGAAAAUAUUAAUAUUAUGAAUCACAAAAAAAUCAAAAAAAUCACUUAAGGAGUAUUAAAUGUUCUCAAACCUAUAAGACAGCAUCAGCAUCCUUAUCUCCGACGUAAGAAUAAGCAAUUCACAACUCCUCCGACACGUACUCUUUCUACAUUUUAUAAGUGGGAAUUAAAGACACAACAUUAAAAAAUGAUGUUGGAAGUUGGAACCUUAACGAAACGUAGAACCUUCUGGAAAAUAAAAAACUUUUACCUAUCAAAAAAUUUUAAGGUACCUUCUCGCGACUUCCUAACUAGAAAUUAGUUACUGGGACCCAUGAUUGCCCCUCACACCCUAAAAAUUUGACCCGACCUUUUCUCCAUUUUACCCCUACUAUUAUUAUUCCCCUCUCGAACACAUCAUAUUCUCCUUAUCAACCACUUCUUCUUCAAAUUUUCCUUCUAUAUUUACCUCCUUCGAACUUUCUAGAAACAAAAACACAGCUUUCUCUCAAUCCCUCUUUGGGUUUGGAUCUGUAAUAGAAGUAGCAGUGGAUGUCAUGGUGCCGUUGCCGGUUGAACAAAGCGGCGAAUCUACCGCCGGUGAGAAUCAGAGAUCUCUUCCGACGCCAUUUCUGACGAAAACUUAUCAACUCGUCGAUGAUGCUGCCAUCGACGACUUGAUCUCGUGGAAUGAAGAUGGAACGACGUUCAUUGUUUGGAAACCUGCUGAAUUUGCUAGGGAUUUGCUUCCUAAAUAUUUUAAGCAUAAUAAUUUCUCUAGUUUCGUUCGGCAGCUUAAUACUUACGGAUUCAGAAAAGUUGUACCUGAUCGGUGGGAAUUCGCGAAUGAUUGUUUCCGGAGAGGAGAAAAAGGGCUUCUUCGUGACAUUCAACGCCGGAAAAUCUCUCCGGCAGGGACUGCCGUUACUGCGGUUUCACCGACAAUAGCGGUGAAUGCAGCACAAACGGUGACGAUAGCGGUGGCGCCGGCAGUGCGAAUGGCAUCUCCGUCAAACUCCGGUGACGAGCAGGUGUUAUCAUCGGAUUCGUCGCCGGCUGCUACGGCUGCCGCUGCGGUGGUGCUAAGGACCACCAAGUGUACAACGACACCGGAGCUUCUGGAAGAGAACGAACGGUUGAGGAAAGAGAAUGCACAAUUGAGCCAAGAAUUAAAUCGAUUGAGGAGCUUAUGUAAUAAUGUAUACAAUCUGAUGUUGAAUUACACGGGGAAUCCGUCGGAGACGCCAGCAGGAAUUCCAGAAGGAAGAGCUCUCGAAUUGCUUCCCACUGGGCAAGUUGCGGCGGAGGUUGAAGGCGGAGCCACCGCUACGCCGGCGGAAUGCAGCGGUGUUAAGGCGGAGGAAGAUAUAAGCCCGCGGUUGUUUGGAGUAUCAAUUGGGGUAAAGCGCGUGAGGAGGAGCAGCGAAGAAGAAUCUGAAAGAGAAGGAAGAGUGCAGGAUCAAGUACAGCUGCACGCAUCAGACGUGAAAUCAGAGCCAUUGCUGUGGAUAGAUCGAUUAGGCUAAUGAUUUGUUGGAGAACCAAAAAAGACAAAAAUUUAGAAGUGGUCCCCAGUAAUUGGGUCCCACAAAUGUUGGAAAAGAACACGUGUACAAUGAAGGUAAUUAUCAAUGUUGGUUCUGGGAGUUUCUGAGAGCGGGUCAAUGUUGUAAAAGGUCACUAUAUUUGAAAACUAUUGUUUACAAAAAAGACCACAAAAAGCGGUGGAAAAGGAGAAAAAAGGUGGCUUUCAAAAUGAUCCAUAAUUGGAUUGGAAAAAUAGGGGAGGUGAGCUGGCCUAGUUGAAAAAGAUAGACAAAUGUGGGAAUUAAGUCAAAUGUUUUAGUUAGAUGGGAAGUAUUUAGGUUGCAAGUUGCAAAAGAAUUUUUGGUUAGAAAAUUGUUUGUACAUAAUUGAAACAAAAUAAUGCUGUAUUGUAAUUUAAAGUUCUUAUUAGACUUGCUGAGCUUUGUUCUUUUC